AUCGCGAUACUACACAGGGAGCAUGAAUUAUGAACACCACCACGCUGCUCUCCGCCCUGCCUGCCCUCCCCUAUACCGGCGAGCUGUCUGUGGAUUAUGAAUAGAGGUGGUCUAACCUCUUUGAACGCAGCUCUAUAAAUAACCUCUAAGGCGUCUUCAUUACUUUUCGGAGGAGUCAAAUUAUAUUGUAUUAUUAACUUCAUAUUACAAUAGAGAAAAUUGCUGGUGCGUGAAAGAUGUCAGUGGUGGGGUUUGAUUUGGGCUUUCAGAGCUGUUAUGUGGCUGUUGCCCGAGCUGGUGGGAUCGAGACCGUUGCUAACGAGUACAGCGACCGAUGUACACCGUCGUUCGUGUCAUUUAGACCGAAGAAUCGAUCCGUCGGAGCAGCGGCAAAAAGCGAGGUGGUGUCCAACUGUAAGAACACGGUGCAGGGCUUCAAGCGGUUCCAUGGCCGGGCCAUCUCGGACCCCUACGUCCAGUCAGUCAAGUCCAGCCUGGUGUACGACCUGGCCGAGAUGCCCUCUGGAGCUACUGGCAUUAAGGUGAUGUACAUGGAGGAGGAGAAGGUCUUCAGCAUUGAGCAGAUCAGCGCCAUGCUUCUGACCAAGCUGAAGGAGACCGCGGAAAAUGCGCUGAAGAAGCCUGUGAAUGAUUGCGUGAUCUCUGUUCCGAGCUUCUUCACGGACAUUGAGAGGAGGUCUGUCAUGGACGCGGCUCAGAUCGCAGGCCUCAACUGUCUACGUCUGAUGAACGAGACCACGGCAGUCACUCUAGCCUACGGCAUCUACAAGCAGGACCUGCCGGCCCCCGAGGAGAAGCCCCGCAAUGUGGUGUUCGUGGACCUGGGACACUCCAACUUCCAGGUGUCCGUGUGUGCCUUCAACAAGGGGAAGCUCAAGAUCCUGGCGACGGCGUUCGACUCUGCGCUCGGCGGCAAGGAGUUUGACGAGGUGCUGGUGAGCCACUUCUGCGAGGUGUUCGGCCAGAAGUACAAGCUGGACCCGCGCACCAAGCCCCGCGCGCUGGUGCGCCUCUACCAGGAGUGUGAGAAGCUGAAGAGGCUGAUGAGCGCCAACUGCUCGGACCUGCCGCUCAACAUCGAGUGCUUCAUGAACGACGUCGACGUCACCGGCAAGAUGAACAGGGCUCAGUUUGAAGAGAUGAGUGCAGGGCUGCUGUCCAGAGUGGAAGCUCCCUUGCAAAGCGUCCUGGAACAAGCCAAGCUCAAGAAGGAAGACAUCUAUGCAGUGGAGAUUGUAGGCGGUGCAUCCAGAAUGCCGGCCAUUAAAGAGCGCAUCAGCAAGUUCUUUGGCAAAGAGCUGAGCACCACGCUCAACGCAGACGAGGCUGUGGCCAGGGGAUGUGCUCUUCAGUGUGCCAUCCUGUCCCCGGCGUUCAAGGUCCGGGAGUUCUGCAUCAGCGACGUGGUGCCCUUCCCCAUCUCUCUGAAGUGGAGCUCUGCAGUAGAGGAGGGUCUGGGUGACUGCGAGGUGUUCACCAAGAACCACGCCGCCCCCUUCUCUAAGGUGUUGACGUUCUACCGGAAAGAGGCCUUCCCUCUGGAGGCCUACUACAGUGACCCCAAGGGCCUGCCUCACCCCAACGCCACCAUAGGCCACUUCGUGGUGCAGAAGGUGGUCCCGCAGGCGUCGGGCGACUGCUCCAAGGUCAAGGUCAAGGUGCGCGUCAACGUGCACGGGGUGUUCAGCGUGUCCAGCGCCUCUCUGGUGGAGCUGCUCAAACCGACGGAGGGGGAGGAGCCCAUGGACACGGACCACAACGACAAGAACAAAAUGCAGGUGGACCAGGAGGAGCAGAAGGCUGCAGGUGACGUUGCCGGAGACGCCACGCCGGAGGGGGGCGACAUGACGGACGGGACCGGACAGAACCAGGCGUCGACGGAGGAGAGCAAGCAGGAGAAGAAGGCGGAGCAGCCUUCACAGGCCAAGAAGCCCAAAGUGAAGACAAAGACUGUGGAGCUGCCCAUCGAGCACAAGCCGGAGUGGCAGUUGUCCAAUGAAACGCUCAAUCUGUUUGUGGAGAAUGAGGGGAACAUGAUCAUGCAGGACAAGCUGGAGAAGGAGCGCAACGACGCCAAGAACAAUGUGGAGGAGUACGUGUACGAGAUGAGGGACAAGCUGCACGGCCGCCUGGAGAAGUUCGUCAGCCCGGCGGACCGGGAUUCCUUCUCCUCCAAGCUGGAGGCCACAGAGAACUGGCUGUACGAGGACGGCGAAGACCAGCUGAAGCAGGUCUACAUCGAUAAACUGGCUGAGCUGAAGCAACUCGGCCAGCCCAUAAUGGAGCGGUACAUGGAAGCCGAGGAGGCGCCGAAGGCUUUUGCAGACCUGGGCAAACAGAUCCAGAUGUACAUGAAGCUGGUCGGCGCAUACAAGGCCAAGGACGAGCAGUACGCGCACCUGGACGAGCUGGAGAUGACGCGGGUGGAGAAGCAGGUGGGCGACGCCAUGGCCUGGAUGAGCGACAAGAUGAACCAGCAGAGCAAGCAGGACCCGACCAAGGAGCCCGCCGUCCGAGUCUUCGAGGUCCAGGCCAGAACCAAGGAGCUGUACACAUCCUGUAACCCCGUGGUGUCCAAACCCAAGCCCAAGGUGGAGCUCCCCAAGGAGGAGCAGACGGCCAACGGCCCGGUCAACGGCCAGCCCGAGGCAGAGGAGGCCGGGGAGGGGACACCCGCCACCGUGGACGCUGAGCAGGAACCCACGGACAGCGCCAAGGUCCCCCCGAUGGACAUUGACUAACUGAUGUACUCCUUUUUGUUUUUCUUUUGUUUAUGACCUCCCUCCAGCUCUUCUCCAGACCAGUCGCCUCGUCUCCAUCUUGUUCUUCUGAGAAUGUUUUUCGAUCAAACCGUAGCUUCUUCUCUGUUUUUCUUUUUCUGUUUUCUCCCGAAGACUUAAGAAAGAGAAGAGGAAGAAUGGCGGGAGCAUUGUGUUAAACAAAUAUAUAUGUAUAGGUAUAUAUCUGUGUUUGGGCCUUCUCAGCAUGUUAUCGCUCUGUUGUUUUGCUGUCGAAGAACACAACAAUCUCACAUAUUACUAAUACUGAAGUGAAUGGCAUAAAAGUGGUGAGCGUGAGAUGAAACCUGCAUUCUGUGUGUUGCUUUGGCAGACAGUUGCAAAAAUGAUUUUACUCCGUCUCAAUAUUGCACUUAAGCUAAGAAUGUUUAAUUCUCAGAACGUUCAUAUCUAACAUUACUAGGUUUAUGCUGCAAGAUUUGUGAUAAUAUUAAAUAUUUCGGUAUGUCUUGAAUGGAAAAAUGUAAAAGAAAAAUCCAGUUCUGAUAUUACCUUUGUUGUACAUUGGCACUGUUAUUUUUUUUCUCAUUAGGAAAUCAUAAAGAAUAUAUAAAUGCUGGAUUGUAAAGUAUUUAGUGCAGAAAAAAUUGAGAACUUAAUCAAGUUUAACAGUUUUCACUCAACCGGUAAGGAACUAAUUCUUUGAGUUACUAACGCAUAGUAUUUCAACGUAGUUUGGUUUUCCUCUUUCAAAACGAUGGUCAUAGGGCUAUUUCUCUGGGUUAGCCUGGUAUUUUUUUUCUACUUGACAGCAGUGGUGAUGCUAGUCCAACAGAACGCCAACUGGCUGUGUUGUUGUUGCCAAUAAAUGCUAAUUAAAUAUUGACAAUUUCCA